AUGGGCGGCGCCGGCGGCGUGAAGACGCGGCUCGUGAAGAUCGGCGCCGCCAACGCGGGCCACGCGCCGCACAACCGCCUCGUGACGGCCAAGUUCACCCUGCUCAACUUCCUGCCGCUGGCCCUCUUCGCCCAGUUCCGGCGCGUGGCGAACCUCUACUUUCUGCUCAACGGCAUGCUCAUGAUGUUCGCGGAGGUCACGGGCGCGUUCAACUCUCCCUACACGUCCUACACGACGCUCGGCCCGCUGAUGUUCCUCAUCACGAUCUCGCUCAUCAACGACGCGCUGACGGACAUCCAGCGCCACCGCGCGGACAUGCGCAUGGACGCGACGGCCGUCGACGUCGUGAGCCGCGGCGGCGGCCAGCUCCGGCUCGCGAACAUCCGCUCGGGCGACGUGCUCCGGUGCUUCCGCGGCGAGGCCGCGCCCGCGGACUUCGUCAUGCUCGCGGGCUCGGGCGAGGCGUCGACGGCCUACAUCGACACGGCGUCCAUCGACGGCGAGACGUCGCUGAAGCUGCGGCGCGCCGCGCCGCUGGGCCUGGCCUGGCAGGCGUGCGGCGACGACGGCGGGUCGUCGGACCCCGCGGCGGCCGCGGCCGCGGCGCUCAACGGCGUCGUGGAGUGCGACCUGCCCAACGAGCACGUCAACGCCUUCACGGGCAACGUCGCCCUCGACGGCGGCGGCGAGACGCUGCCCCUGUCCAAGGAGAACGUGAUCCUGCGCGGGUCGACGGUGCACUCCGCGUGGGUCGUCGGCGUCUGCAUCUACAGCGGCCGCGAGUCCAAGCUGGCCAAGAACAUGCGCGAGGCGCCCAUCAAGUUCAGCCAGCUCGACCGCGUGACGAACCGCGCGGUGCUCAUCGCGCUGCUCCUCCAGCUCUGCCUCGCGAUCAUCUCGUCCGGCGCGAUGGUCAGCUUCGACCGGCGGAUGGAGGACAAGCUCUGGUACACGGGCCAGAAGCAGACCUUCGCGUCCUACCUCGAGGCGCGCUGGCCGGACCUCGAGUGGGAGGAGGACAAGGCGUCCUUCGGCUGGGGGCUCUGCACGUUCUUCAUCCUCUACUGCUUCUUCAUCCCCAUGUCGCUCUACGUGACCUUCGACUUCGCGAAGAUCGCCCAGAUGCAGUUCAUCGACUGGGACGAGGAGAUGACCAACGAGGUCGACGGCCAGACCGUCCGCGCGAAGGCGCGGUCGCUCUGCGUCACGGACCUCGGCCAGGUCGAGUACGUCUUCAGCGACAAGACGGGCACGCUGACGCGCAACGAGAUGAAGCUCCGGCGCAUCAUCGUCGACGGCGACCACUUCGGCGUCGGCGACGCGCCGGGCGUCGCGCCGCCGAGCGACUACGGCGAGGCGGCGCCGCCGCAGUCCGUCGACGAGCUCUUCGCCAAGGCCCAGGGCGGCGCGCCGGGCAACGACGCCGCGCGCCUCCUCGAGUCCUUCAUGCUCUGCAACACGGUCAUCGUCGAGGCCCGGGAGGACGCGGCCGAGGCCCCCGUGUACCAGGCGGAGUCGCCCGACGAGGGCGCGCUCGUCGCCGGCGGCGCGCUCUGCGGCUACACGCUCGAGGCGCGGACCCAGAAGACGCUGACGGGCGUUGUAUCGCCGCCGCGGGACCUGCAGGGCACGGCUAAAACCGCGCGGACCUGGGACGUGCUCGCGACGAACGAGUUCGACAACGACCGCAAGCGCAUGUCCAUCGUGCUCCGCGAGCCCGGCGGCGGCGACGUCGUCUUCCUCUGCAAGGGCGCGGACUCGUCCAUGCUCGACGUCGCCGAGCCCGGCUCCCGGGCCGUCUUCGAGACGACGACGGUGCCGCAGAUGGACGCGUACGCGAAGACGGGCUUGAGGACGCUCGUCUACAGCGCGCAGGUCUGGAGCGAGGCCCGCUUCUCGGCGUGGUACGAGACGCACUACGCGCCGGCGGCCCGGUCCCUCGUCGGCCGCGAGGAGCAGCUGCGCGCGGCCGCGCACGAGGCGGAGAAGGACCUCGUGCUCGUCGGCGCGACGGCCAUCGAGGACCGGCUCCAGGACGGCGUGCCCGAGACCAUCGCGCUGAUGGCGGCGGCGGACAUCAAGCUCUGGGUGCUCACGGGCGACAAGCGCGAGACGGCCAUCGAGAUCGCGCGGAGCUGCCGCCUCAUCACGGACACGAUGGCCGUCGACCGCGCGGUCUCCGCGCUGCUGGCGAAGCACGGCUUCGCCGGCGGCGCCGGCGUCGAGGUCGAGGCGCCGCGCGCGGGCGCGUCGGCCCUCGUCCUCGACGGCGGCGCGGUCACGGAGCUCUUCUCCGCGGGCUACUGCGUCGAGGUCAUGCUCUUCCGGCUCCUGGCAACGUACAAGGCCGUGCUCGCGUGCCGCGUGACGCCCAAGCAGAAGGCCCAGUUCGUCCUCCUCGUCCAGACGCACGUCCCGGGCAAGCCCGUGACGCUCGCGAUCGGCGACGGCGCCAACGACGUGAACAUGAUAAUGCAGGCCCAGGUCGGCGUGGGCAUCUCGGGCCUCGAGGGCCGCCAGGCCGUGAACGCGUCCGACUUCGCCAUCGGCCAGUUCCGCUUCCUCCACCGCCUCCUCUUCAUCCACGGCCGCUGGGCCUACCGCCGGUCGUCGGCGCUCAUCCUCUUCUCCUUCUACAAGAACGCGGUGUUGGCCUACUGCCUCUUCUUCUACUCCUUCAACACGGGCUUCUCCGGCACGUCCAUGUUCCACGAGCACUACACGUCCAUGUACAACUUCUACCUCGCGACGCAGAUCUUCUGGCUCGCGUGCUUCGACCGCGACGUAGACGAGGCCUACGCGUUGAACCACCCGCGGCUCUACGACUCCGGGCGGCUGAACCUGGACCUGCGCGUGCGCGAGGUCGUGACGUGGCAGUUCAGCGGGCUGCUCCACGCCGUGCUCAUCUACUACCUCGUCCAGGAGUCGCUCCAGCUCGGGUCGGGCACGUCGCCGUACGACACGUCCGCGCACAUGGUCUUCGGCACCGUGGGCAUGGUCUGCAUCACCGUGGCCAUGAACCUCAAGGUGCUCAUGGAGACGCGGACCAUCGUCCACCUCCGGUCCGCGAUGGUCGCCGAGCCCCGGGGCUGGCUCUCGCCGCUCGGCUUCGUCUGCAGCCACAAGUUCGUCUUCGGCUUCAACCUCGGCUUCUUCUACCUCGCGACGAUCAUGGCCGCCAUGCCCUCCAUGUGCGAGACCGUGACCAUGGUCGACCAGAUGCCCUACUGGGGCGUCGGCGAGGAGACGCUCUACCAGGGGCCGCCGUGGCUCACGAUCCUCCUCGUUCUCGGCACGUGGCUCGUCGUCGACUGGCUCCACCGCGCGCUGCGCUGGGAGUUCGGCUCCGACGCCGUCUCCCUCCUCGUCGAGCGGUGCCACCUCGAGCGCUGGGCCCGCAACCCGCAGGAGGCGCCCUGGGGCGCGGACCUCAUCCACCUCCGCAAGGACUCCAAGAUCGCGCCGGCGUGA